AUGGCGGUUCUUCGGCGCAUCAAGGCGACUUAUGUGGCCAAGAAGAUUGCACAGAUUCUUCAUCUCGUCAUGGGUGGCUUUCACCUCUUUGAACGAAGCCAAGAACUGGCCUCGAAUACCAUCGAGAUUGGAGACGAAGAUGAAGAUGAAGCUCGCAGAUUGAUCAACGAAUUAGCGGAAGGAGACAGUCUACUUGUCACUACGACGAACGAAAAGGCAGAUGUAUUGGAGGAUUUUGGACAUCCUAUCCACCCACUCGACGGAUUUGACGUUUUUCGUCUCAUAAAAACUCGCAAAAUUCGCCUCCCGACUUCUGCUGAGCUGCAGGACAAAUGCAAGAGCGACGGACUCGCAAAGCUCCUUGUCAUCGCCCAAACCCUAUGGUUUAUUGUUCAGUGUAUUGCAUGGAAAGCCAGCAAGCACCCUCUCACCGAGCUCGAGGUCAUUUCGCUUGACUAUACUCUACUCACCGUGGCAAUGUACAUUGCAUGGUGGGACAAGCCAUGUCGGGUAACAUUCCCUGUACGUGUGUAUGAACCACUCCCGGACGUACGACCGAGCAAGAGGAGCUGA